UCAGCCCUCCAUUUCAUCAUCGCAAUCACUUAGGAGAGAGAGUUCAUCUGCACAGCAUCGCCUCGGAGCGUCGAGGAGAUCUGGGUCCCGUUCCUCUGAGAACCGACGUACCGCUCGGCUCACUUUUGUCAACCUGAAGGGGGGGUUUGGGUGUUUGGUUCCUGGAAAAGAUCUGAAUCGUGUUAUAAUCAGAGCCAGCUGCAGCCGAGUGUAAGCCGAGUCGCUUGAGUGUGUGUACGCGCACGCGUAUUUGUGUUCAUUGGUUUGAGGUCGGGGAGAGAGGGUAUCGGUUCGCUACCCAUUCCGAAAGUAAAGAAAAAAAAAAGAAGAAGGAAAAAAAAACGAAAGCUUGGACUUUAUUUUUUCCUUCCUUUGACAUUUGUAGGCAUGGAGGCAGAGGCGUGUGUUUCAUACAGCGACAUGACAUCCAUGGAUCCGUAUUACAGCUCCUCCGCAACGCAAGGUAGGGAGCACCAAGGCAACGCGUUCAGGACGUCCCAAACGGGGGACAGCAAAGCCUUCAGCCCGGCGAUCUGGCCCCACAAAGGUCACGCGUACGGAGACAAGUCCCGCGGUCCGUUCCAACAGGAGGGCAUUCAUCAGUCAUUGGAUGCCAGUGUCGGGGAAGGCACCUUCAGCAAACACCACCUCUUCAUGCAGAGAUCUUAUUGCAAAACCCCCUCCGAGGAAGCCAAACUUCACCAGGGACACAACGGCGCGCUCAUCCACUGCUAUGGUAAAAGCAGCUCAGCCCUGACCGACUCCGACCUAGCGCCCACCUCCGACUCCCCGGGAAUGGACGGCGGCUACCUGAGCGCCAAGGACCAGGGCGGCCACAAGGGCCCGUCCGACAGGGCGGCGGGCGGCGGCGACCCCGCCACCUCGCUGGACCUCAAGGGCGACGGGCCGGGGGACAGCAACAAGGGCAAGAAGAGGCGGAACCGCACCACCUUCACCAGCUACCAGCUGGAGGAGCUGGAGAAGGUGUUCCAGAAGACGCACUACCCGGACGUCUACGCCCGCGAGCAGCUGGCCCUGAGGACGGACCUGACGGAGGCCCGCGUGCAGGUGUGGUUCCAGAAUCGCAGAGCAAAGUGGAGGAAGAGGGAGCGCUUCGGUCAGAUGCAGCAGGUCCGAACUCACUUCUCCACAGCCUACGAGCUGCCCCUGCUGACACGCCCCGAGAGCUACGCACAGAUCCAGAACCCGUCCUGGAUUGGUGGCAGCAACAGCGCCGUGUCCCCGGUGCCCGGUUGCGUGGUGCCCUGCGACAACGUCAGCCCCUGCAUGACCCCCCACCCCCACUCGGCCAGCGGGGUGUCCGACUUCCUGGGCAUGUCCAACCCGGGGGGUCCGCACGUUGGCCAGGCGCACAUGGGCGGCCUGUUCGGGGGUCCCCCUCCGGGCAUGGGGGGCGGAGGCAUCAAUGGGUACGACCACAACAUGGACCCCGACCGCAAAUCCUCAAGCAUCGCUGCCUUACGCAUGAAGGCUAAAGAGCACAGCGCGGCUAUAUCCUGGGCUACAUGAUGGGCUGUAGGCCUGCCGUCUGCUGGGACUAGGGAUGGGGGGGGGGACAGUGUCUACUUCAACUUGCCGCCAAGAGACUGGGCACUUAAAACGAUAAGAAUGAUGGAGACAGUGACUACCUUGUGAUGGAGACAGUGAUGGAGGUGAAUACGUGAAGGUAAAUAUGUUAAUAUAUGGUUGGGAAAAAUAUGAUACAUUGACUUUAAGAGGAAGGUGUGGUUCCUGUUUCAAACCAGUAGCUUGGGGCAGUCUUCUAGGCCUGUAGAGUGGAGGAAAGCACUAGCAAUGAGGAGGAAGUGUUAUGUUUUGUUUGCUGGGAAACUGUGGACAUGUUACAGUGUAACUGUACAACCAAGGCCAAUGCAAAUUUGCAUAGAAAUGUACCAUGUUGCAAAUAAAUCCCUGCACAUAUUUGUUACAAAAAAAACCAACAAAAACUGAAAAAAAGAAUAACAAACACCAGGUAAUGCUGUUUGUACAGAACCGUUUAUUGGCAUUUAGUCUUUUUUUUUUAUGUUUCGGUAUUUGUUGAUUUUUUAAAACAUGUUCAUUAUUUAAAACAAUAUUGUUUUUUCCUAUGAUUUUGGGAGUGAUACUGAAUUUGGCUUACAUCCAAAGUUAUUUCCAUGUUCCAAAAAAAAAGAAAUACAAAAUGCACAUUAUUCAAAGGUUAAUGUUUAUCUCCAUCGCCACAUGCAGAGUUGCGUAAAAAAUGUGUUCAGACUCAAGAUAGCUCAACAGUUUAUACAGAGAAGGUUGGUGGCAAGGGUGUGCUGAACCGCUUCCAACACAAACCAAACAAUCCCCUCUGACUCCUCUCCGCUGGUUUCACCACUGCACCCACCUCUGGCAUGGGCCCUAACCUAUAGAUCACCCAUCUUAAGUCAGACAGAAGAAGUGCGGUUUUCUUUUAGUUGUGGAGAGAGCAAGGAGGAGGACAGGGGAGGGGGGGGAGCGGCGAGUUCCACCUGCCUUACUGAUGUCCGAUGUAAGAGGAAGAGGAAGGCGGCAGGAGGAGUGGGAGGAGGAGGAGGUGCGUGCGUGCGUGUGAGGAGUAGGAAUAGGAGUAGGCGCCGGUCGCGGCGGGCGAUCCUCACUGCUUUCUUAGGGAGCAGAGUUGGCCGUGGCCUGACUGCAGUAGAGACCCCGCUCUGUUUGACGAGAGGAAGGAGUGGAGUGGAAGUGGACCCGGCCUGUUCUAACCCCUCCCUCGUGCUUUUGGCUCUCUCGGGGGAGAGUGGGAAACAGCCCACUGUUCGGUGGCCCUACUGCCAGGAAUAACAGCCAGAGAUCAGUAGCUGGCUACCUUUGAGGCAGGGGAGGCAGCGGCUGGAGUUUCACACACAUUUGUUUGCGUUGACACUCUUCCCCAAAUACUGAAAGGUUGGCAGUGUUUAGCAGCCUAUGGGACAGAGCGGUCGAUUGUCUGCGUGCUUUGCUUUGGUUUUAUUGUUUGGAGGAAGAAUUUUUAUUAUAUAUGACUUUGUCUUUUCAAAAGUGAGGUUACACGAGACACACAAUUAAAGGCCUUAUAUACUUUCAAGAAUCAAAGAAAGGAAUAAUACAGUUAAAACACUUUAAGCCUAUUGCUGUUGUACAGUGCAUCCCAGGUCCUUUUUUAAUUUAUUGUGCAGUAUUUCACUUUGCUGUUGCUAAACACAAGCAAAACUCUCUGUAGCAUCAACCAAGUAUCCAAUAUUAGUUUAAUCUCCAUAACUCAAAUUGAAAAUAUAUCCUAGAAUGUGUUGGACAACCUAUAACCCAAACAAGUUUUUAUAGCUGCAUUACUCCUUUAAGUCCUUCUUUCUAAUGCUCUGAUGAGGAAGAUUUUAGUACGAAUGAAGACCACACCCUGAUGCGAGGAGACACAUUGGAUCAAAUAAAGCCAACAGUGCCUUAAAAAUAAGGUUAUAUUCCCUUAAGAUUUUAAAAUAUCUAUAUUUUAGAGCUCUUUUUAAUAUGAACAGAAAAUGUAGAAUGACAUUGUGGCCCGAAACAUCAUAUUUGGCUAAUCAUAGCUGUAUUGAUGCUAAGAUCAGCCUGAACGUGAUGAUAUUAAACUAUAGGCGGAAAUAGCUUUGCUUGUUCCGCUCUAGCCUCAUGUUGUCCCCAUGCGACUGAUAACCUCGAUGCGGCCACUCAAGCUGAGCCGGGGGCUGAGCUGUCUGAAGUUUGAGCCCAGAGUCAUUAAUUUCUUGGCAGGAAUCUGAACAGCAACGGUUUGAGUAUAGAACCACCAGCAUGCACGGAUAAAGCAUUCUAGCAGAUCUGGUUCCCCUUUGGAAAAUAUGAAGAGACGUGUGAGCGGCAAUGGUGUUGUUAUGCAGAGACGAGCAGAGGAGAGGGAUGAGGGAGGAUGAGGUGCAGGUCAACAACAUCUAUUACUAGCAGAAAUACAUGUGGUACAUUAUGCGGUGCUUUUCUUUUUCCGGGUCUAUAUUUACCAACCAGCUUUAGAUAAAGAGCUUAUACUUUGAGCUACACCUCAAGGAAGCAAUGGGCAUUACUUAAACUGAACCACAUGCACAGUUCUGUCUGUCAAGCAGGACUUUGGGGUAGAAGUGGUCGACAUUGCCGAUCACCUUGAGGGUUUCAGGCUCUCUGCAGCUUCAUGUUCCUUCACGGUUACUACGAGUAUAGAGGCAGAGUUGCAGGGCCCCCCCUGAUCUCUAUCAGAGUGGCUGCCGGUCGGGCUACAGCGUUGUUCCGCUGUUCUGGGAAUGAAGGACAGUGCACACAGCUGUGCUCAGGGGGUAAAUGCAAAACAAACAUGCCUUACACAUGCUUCCCCCCCCCUCCCCCCUCAGCUGUCAUGGUUCUACUUUCAAAGGGACCCCCACCCAUCCUUCCACUGGGGUCUCUUCCUCCUCCUCUUCCUCUACUCCCCCCCCCCCCCCCCCCCUAAAGGCACAGCCGUGGAGCCCAGCCAAGCCAGGCAGGACUUUUAAUUAACACUGGGACAUGUGUACGGUGGCUUGUGGGAUUGUGUGUCGGAGCAGACUUGGAUGCCUGUCUUCUCCGGACAGCCAUGGUCAAGCAGGACCCCGACGGUGGUCCCGGGGGUAAAUUGGGGACGGUGAGAGAAACAGUUGUCAGGGCAAGUUGUAUUGAGGACCUCUCAGAUGGUACUGAUUGUAGCCCUGACACGAUCAAGACACGGCAAUCUUUUAUCCAUUUUAAAACUCUGUUGUAUUGGUACUUAUUCUCUAGAACGUUGCAGAAAUCCCCUGUCUGGCUCCCAACGCCCUGAAGAUGCCAUAUCUCAUAUUUCUCAUUUUCAAAUACUACUGAAUUAGACAGUAUCAGUAUAGCGUGUAUAAAUCGUGUGGUAUUGUGUGUGUGUGUGCAUAUUGAGUUGUAUGUACAUGCCUCAUGGACUGGAACAUAUUGAGACCCCUGGAAAUACUAAUGUUGGAUGCAAUUUAAGUUUGAUGUUUUGGAGUGUAUCUUUGUGUUUAUGUUUUCAGUGAAACCAGUACUUUCUGCAUUGAGUUUACAAGCUUUUUUGUUACAAAUUGUUACUUUCUUUUUUGUUUUGCCGAGAUAUGGAAUAACUAUAUGAAUGCGUUUCCCAGGUUUUUACAAGUUUUAAAGACUUUGAGCUGUCAUACAAGGCUUUUAAAAUGCCAUGAAUUUUUUAUGUCCUCAUGUACGUUUUGUGUGCAAAUAAAGUACAUUAAGUUAU